CUUUUUUUUUCUUUUCCCCUCACAGCAGGAUCUUUGAUGGCCACAAAGCAUUCACAGCCACAGUCCACCUUUGCAAAAAGCCUGACUUCAACGAGCACAGACACUCCCUACUUCAGGGCAGCAGAAAGUACAGAAAUUCCAGCUUAUGUGACUAAAUGUCCAAGCAAUGGACUUUGCAGUAGGUUGCCACCAGACUGCAUGAUAUGUAACACAAAUUAUUCCUGCAUAUAUGGGAAGCCAGCCACUUUUGAUUGCAGAGUCAAACCACAUGUUCAUUGUGUUGAUCAGAAUAACCAUGAGCAGGAGAACUUUACAAUUAACAUGACGUGCCAGUUUUGCUGGCAGCUUCCAACAACUGACUACGUGUGCACCAAUUCUACAAACUGCAUGACGGUUUCUUGUCCACGACAGCGAUACAAUGCCACUUGUACAGUGCGGGAUCACAUCCAUUGUCUGGGUAACAGAGUCUUUCCAAAGAUGCUCUACUGCAACUGGACUGGAGGUUAUAAGUGGUCUACUGCCCUGGCACUAAGCAUCACCCUUGGUGGAUUUGGAGCAGAUCGUUUCUAUUUGGGCCAGUGGAGGGAAGGUCUGGGAAAACUCUUCAGCUUUGGUGGACUUGGAAUAUGGACACUGAUUGAUGUGCUGCUAAUUGGCGUGGGCUACGUGGGACCUGCAGAUGGCUCUCUUUAUAUUUAAUGUAGUUGUAGUUUCCAAGAGGAGUAAUUGCUUGGAAAGGGCUCCCUAUAGAAGUGUGUAGGAGUCUGAGCCCUUAAGAUAGAAUAAAGAACAGUCGUUCUUUCUGUGUUGUUACAUUUUAAUGUACAGUAUCUGUACUUAGUUUGCCUUUAAAUAAGGUAAAACAAAAGGGUGGAUCACUGAACUGAAGUUAAUUUUCCUUCAUUUAUGGAUGUGCUGUUUUUCUGAGAAAGGUUGAUUACCAAUACAUGUCAGUAAUGUUUUUUUUCCAUCGAUACUUGUGGGAGGUUAAUUUAUUUGCCUGAGGUCACCACACUUGCUGAUCUUCAUUGCGUUCAUCUCUAGCUUUUGCUUCGUGACUGGUUACUUAGAAAUGGGGCUACAGUUAGAUUGCUCUGAGGCUCAAAGCUAAAUGCAAAAUAACCGCAGUACCUUUUGAGUUCCAGGAUGCCUGUGUUUCGGUUGGGUUUGACCUGUGUACGAGUGGAAAUACCUCUUUCUGUGCUGGCCAUCCUGCAAGCCGGCCUCCGAGCCGGAGGCGUGGCGGUGCGGCCGCGGUGCCGUUCGGCUGCGCAGCGCGGUGUGCCCGCAGCCCGGCUGCCCCUCCUGUCAGCCAGCCGCUUGAGCUCCGAGGGGCGGUGGUCGGACGGUUGUUUCACUCAAUAAACUUGAUCUCGGAGCGGUA